AUUGUAUAGGGUUCGUCGUAUCGAUCAUCUCAGAGCUGGCUGAUACAUCGUCGUGCUCUCUGAAGAGGGAAUCCCCAAAGUACAUUUCCCGCAUUUCAUACGCCAUUAAGAGUGAUAAGUUUUUAAUCGUGGUCAAUUCUCUCAAUUAAUCUCUAGAUAAAAAGCACCACAAACGCAGCCAUGUCUGUCCUCAGGCAUGGCGGAGCCUUCUUCCAAAGGCGGCUCACAAAGCUGUAUACAGACACCAAGUCUUCCUGCGAGAGCGUCUCCAGCGCAUCCAAGGCGAACGAUGACCCAGAGCUCGUCGCAUUGAAUCGAAACUUUCGCACACAGAAGGAUAGGUUGCUGGCAUGGGGCCUGGACUGGAGCGAUGCGAGCGCCGCCCAACCAAAUGAUAUCGACGAAGCGCUGAGCGAGGCUGGGUUUUCAGACGUUGUCGCGAGUGUGAUGUCGUCCAUACAGGAGCUGCUCAAUGAGGCUGAGAGGCUCCAGCAGCCGGAUAGUGUCAAGUCGCCUGACGGCUUGGUCCAGGUUAGCGCUGUGAAGGCGACGUACACGGCAGAGGAGAUUGCACGGUCGAAGGAGUUAUUGGAGGAAUUGACGCAGCAUAUCGAGACGCUCUAUGAUCUCUCGCGAUCGCGGAGGAAUAUGAGCAUGAGCAUGAGCAUGAAUUCGAAUUCAAAUUCACUGUCGAUGUCGAAAGGUCAAGCUCAAGCUCAAGGUCAAGGUCAAAGUCGUCCAUUGCUGUCGAAAUCUUCGAAAUCGUCCAAGGAGUCGUUUUUUUCGCUUCAAAAUGAAGCCGGUCAGUUGAUAGAUAGGAAGCCCUUACCGACAAAGAAAAAAUCAGCAUCGGAACCCCGGCCAGGAGGAGCGGGUUUCACAAAGAGCCAUUUUACCGGGCUUCAUGCCAAUGCGACUAAUGAGUUUGCUGAGGACUUCCAGAAGACUUUCGCGGAUUCAUUCCUCCCAACAAAGCCGUUUUACAUCGAUAAAUCUGCCCUUCAUCUGUCGCGUGGCGGAAUUUCCCAUGCUUCCAAUCCGCCCCCUUACGAAGCGGUGGCAGAAUCGGCAAAUUCCAGAGUCAUUGGACAUUUAGAUACCCAUGCGAUGCCUCAUGCGCUGGCAGCGCUUGUACAGGGUCCAAUCGUACCAGUACUAGUUGAAUUCUCGCCGAUAAUGUUGGAGAUGCAAAAUUCUCUCCAGUUCCCUCGCAGAGAACGACUUCUUCAAUUAUUCGACACACUCCAACGCCUGGUAGAGAACUCCAGGGUUUCCCACCUUGGGUUGCUGAAGUUCGUUGGCUACUUUAUUGAUAUGACUUAUUCCCGCUACGCAUUUGUUUAUCAGAUCCCACUGGAGAUGUUCCCAUUACUGCGACAACCUUCUGAUGUACUGAGAGACGUCAAGCCCCGGCCACUUGUUUCGCUAUUCCAUUCCGGAGAUGGCCGACCGGACUGCCCAAUUCCAAAUCUCGAGAGUAGGUUUCGCCUGGCAUAUCACCUAGUUCUGGCAGUUCUUCAUCUCAGAAGCCAGAAUGUUGUACACGGAAAUAUAAACAGCAACAAUAUUUUGGUAUUCCCAGAUUUCCAAGUAGCCAAUCAACGGCUCCUGGGCGACUCGAGUUCCGAGUUCAGCCACCCGUAUCUUACGUCUCUCGCUCAGUUCGACAGCGAGGAUAAGAAUGCAGUUCCUGAGCCGUUAUCCGCAAGCAUGUACCGCCAUCCCGACGACCGUCGGGUUAUCACCGAUAAUUCAGCUUGGGCAUAUGAUCUAUACAGCCUAGGCCUUGUAUUGCUUGAAAUUGGCUUGUGGACCCCAAUCAGUAAGCUGUGGAAGAUGAAGUAUAACAAUUCAAUGUUCAAAUCACGAAUCGAAAACGUCUACGUCAAGCGGUUGGCACCCAAAUGUGGAAAUUCGUAUCUGCAAAUAGUCCAGCUGUGCCUCGAUGCGCCGAAUUUCCACCUGUCUACCGAACCGAUGACAGAUCUAGGACUAAGAAUCCGACAAACCUACCAUUAUCCAUGGCAUGACCCGAGUACAUCAGAUGAGUGGAACACUUUCUCUAAAAAUUUUGUUUACACAAUUGGGAAAGUCAGUUGGCGUUGUGCUUGCCUGGAUGUCUUCUCCUCCCCGCCCGCUUCAGAUCUGGAUGAGUCUCUUCCUCCACCUCUCGUUAUUGAGCCAGCCAGUUCGUCGUUCCAAGAAGUAAACCCUUACGACAUAGGCCGUCAACCAGAUUCAACUACGGCAAUUGAUCCGGCGGACGAUGGGACAACUUACGGUGAAUCAAAUGGAUUACAGGAUCAGAGCUGUGCUAGUGAAAAAAAGGUGCGGAAACGGACGCUGAAGAAGUGGUCCAAUGUCGAAAUACCCGAAGAAGACUUACGUGACUGGAACAUGACACUCAUGCCGAAACUCAGCAAACUGCUUCAGAAGAUCCUGAAGGACUCGCCUGAAUCCUGCAGUGCUUCUUUAAUGGUGGCUGGAGAAACUGCAGAGACCGCAAAGACUACAAUUUGUGUCACCUGCACCAAUAUCCGGAGGGUUCGAGUCGCUCUCAAGAAGUACUUCGAUUAUGAUCGAGAAAACUGGGAUCUCAUUGUGAUUCGGGGAGAUGUUUCACGCUCAAAAGUCCCUCGCAGACGACGUAGAAAGCCGAAAACGAAUAACCGUGCUGCCAUCGAUGCUGCUCAGGUUGACCUGAACCCACACUAUCAGCAGAAACCUGUCUGUGGGGCAUCAAUAGGGGCAUUUCGACUUGACGAACAUUUACCACCAGUUUCCUAUGGGGGAGCGAUCCUUGUCGAUGGAAUGCCUUAUGGAAUGACGGUGCAUCACAUGCUUGAUGCCCCCUGUGAUGAUGAGGACGAUGACGACCUACCUCCUCGCUCUGCUAGCAAUUGGACUCCCGAAGGAGAUGCUCAUGAUCAGGACUUUUCAUACUCGUGGCAUGAUGAAAGGCCACCUGAAGCAUUGUAUCCAUUUGAGAUCUCGGAUGACGAUGAAGAUGCAGAUGACGGAUCAAUAGCACCAAGCAUUGAUGAAGCCUAUGAUGAUUACUGGCUCUCAGACGGGUAUUCCACUGAUGACGGGGAUGAUGAUGACGAUGACGAUGACGAUUAUGAUUCUGCCUCGAUUGGAGAUACAGCUGGAGUUGAUCCGGGAGAGGAGCCUCAAAUAAUCGUAACGCAGCCAGCGAUCGAUGAUGUAGAAGUUGGAUUUUUCCCGACCGCGGAGGAUCGUGACGACGAGCAUCUUGCCUCGCACUCGCUUGGAUAUGUCCAUGCCUCGUCCGGAGUCAGGAGGUGCAAACGCGGUGGGAUGAAGCAUGAAGUGGAUUGGGCGCUGAUCAAAAUUGACGAGAGUCGGAUGGAUAUUAAUAACGCGAUACUUACCGAUGUUGACGUGUCAGAAGCUCACAGUUCCUCUUCUCACACCAGUAGCCGCCGCGAAGCUCAGCGGCACCAACAAGGCUCCAAAGUGCUCUUUGCCACACUUGACAAAGUCGCCAGGAUUGAAGAUCUCGCCGGCUUACAUGUCCAAUGCUGCGGCAGGACAAGUGGCCUGCAAAGCGGCCGCAUUUCCAAAGCAAUGACCCUGGUAAAGAUGCAUGGUCGCCAAUCCUUCUCCAGCAGUUUCAGCGUCGAUGGGAAUUUCGGAGUUCCCGGCGACUCCGGAGCCUGGGUCUUUGACAAAUCCACCGGCCAGGUAUGCGGCCACGUUCUCGCGUGGUCCGAGAAGAGCCGCACAGCCUACAUAGCGCCCAUGGAGAUUCUCCUCGACGACAUCGCGCGCACCCUGGGCGCUACCAGCGUCACCCUCCCCGGCAGCGAAGAGGCACUAGCAUGGAGCCGCAGCACCAAUCCCACCCGCGCAGGUGCCACAGCACAUAGUGAUAGUCGCGCCGCGGCGGCGGCGACGGUAGCGCCACAGCCUCCUCAUAUGAGGAAAGUCUUGAGAAUGACCCGCCACGAAAUGGAGCAGCUUCCUGUUGAGUUGGGGCGGUUGAGCAUUGACCGGGACGAGCAGGGCCGAGGUCGCGGUGGGGUGAAGGGGUUAAGAGAUGUUUCUGCCUCGACGUAUCGCGCUGUUGCGCCGUUGAUUCGGCAAUCGUAUACGAUGGAGAGGCAGUUAGCAUGAGUGGGUGGGGUGUGUUGGUCGUUUCUUAUACGUUUUUUUCUGUGGUCAUUUCAUUUUGGUCCUAAAUACGUUUUUAUUCCACCUCUCUUUUAGAGUACUUUUUGAUAAUCCCCAUUUUGUGAUACCCUCCCCCCUUUCCAUAUUUUUGCCUAUUCUUAUUUGCUAGCUAUCUUCCCCUUCAUUAUGCAUUUUUCUUUUUCCUCUUUCUUUUUUGUAUUACUUUCUAAUUCGCUAAUAUUCAUACGCAUUGUAUAUAACCUUGUUCAGCCCAGGUUCCUAGGCAUGUUUUCCACCAUUAAACAAAUUAGUGUAAUAUUAUAACAUCUUGUUGCUUUCAGUCUUCAUAUAUAUAUGCAUAUUCAGCUUAACCGUCUUAUGGCCAGGCAACAUGCAUAUCUACUUUUAUCUUACCAUUCUAUUCACG